CACUGAUCGCUUAUCACUUCGCGAAACCGCUAACCGUGGCACAUAUCGAACAGAAGUGCGAGAGUGUCAAUUAGUAACGAAAGCAUCGACUAACGAUGGUCGUUAAAAUCUACAUAUCGGGCAUCAGCGGAAACAAAGAAGUAAAAAAAAGGCAACAACGGGUAUUAAUGAUAUUAGAUAGCAAAAAUGUAGAAUACGAAACAAUUGAUAUAACGGAACCAGGGAAAGAAAUGGAAAAAGAAUUUAUGCAAGCUAAUAGUAUCGCGAGAGAAAGUAAAUAUCCAUUACCUCCACAAAUAUUUAAUGAAGAAGAAUAUUGCGGGGAUUAUGAAGAUUUUGAUUUGGCAAAUGAAAUAGAUGAAUUGGAAGAAUUUUUAAAAGUAGCACCACCUGUUAGUGCAAAAGAAAAUGUACAUGAUUUAAAUCAAAGUAAGGAAAUUCAAGAAAAUGGAAAUACUACAAGUCGAGAGCCCUCUACAGAUAAAGAAGCAACUGCAGUAGAGACAGAAAGUGUUGAAAAAAGAACAACUUUACCAAGUGAAAAUGUACAGUCAGAUGAAUCUAAAUCUAUAGAACAUGAUGGUGGAACAAAUACUGAAGAAUCUGCAGAACAUACGGAAGAAAAUGUUGAAAAAAAUGAAGAAAAAUCUGAUGACCAAGAAAAAGAAGAAUAGAAGAAUAAACCCAUAUAAUUGUGGGAUAUUUUAUAUUUCUUUGACAUCCUUAAUUUUCCACUGAUAAGGAUAUUUUAUAAAAGCUAUAUUUAUCAUAUUUUUAAGGCUGAGUGAAGGUACUGCCAAAAUAAGAUUUCUGUUUUGCAGAAAGUGUAUUGAACAAACAGUAUAAACAAAGCGAUACUUUUAUAGAAAUAUUUUAUAUUUGAAAUCAAGUAUGUUUUCAUCAUCAGAUUUUUUUAUAGGUCUGACUAGAAAAUAAUGAAUUUUACCCUUCUUCAUAUCAGUAGAUAAUAUAAAUUUUUUAAUUUCUUAUACUGAUAUUUUACAUUAUUUAUAUUGUAAUUUAAUUCUUUAUUUUUUAAACACAACUCUAAUAAUGUGCUAGGAGUAAUACAUUUUCAGUAUUGAGAAUACCUUUUUUUUGUCCUAUUAUUUGUUAAAAAUUAACAAUAAAUUUUAGAUAGAUACAUACAUCCUAUUUAUAAAAAAUUAUUUUUAUUUUAAUUUCAAAUUUAUUAUUUAAUAAUCAUUUUAUAAUUACAUUAAAUUGUUUAUACGAAUUUAUCAAGUAUUCUUGUGUAUUUGUCAGUGACCCAAACUACAAAUCAUAUAUAUUUACCAUUUAUACUAAAAAACAUUAUUUCCAUUUAUAUUAAUUCAAUUUUAAAUUUUAUUAUCGUUUAUUUGAGUUUGUACAAUAAUUUCUAAAAUGGUAUCUUAUUGUACAAUAAGUUCGGACAGUACAACACUCAGUUUUGCAUAAAAUGCAAUUCCUAUAAAAGACGACACAAUUAGUUAUAAUAGUUUGUAUCGAUAUUAUACGCACCAACGAUUCUUUAUGGUGAAAUACAUCCUAAAAUAAUUCUUUACACUAAAUUUUGAAUAAUUACUUCCUGGAAAAUUAGGACUAAUAUGAAAUUUCUUAGUUUUACGUGAUAUAUAUCUAUCAAGAUUAUAAUGUGUUAUGAUUAUAUUUAUAACCUAAUUUUUAUAAAUGUUCCGUAGCUAACUGUUUAUUUUUUUCUCAUGCCGGAAAUAUUUACUUAUGAGAUAAAAAUUAAUGAAAUAUGAACGAUUUUAAACUCUUUUUCGAAGGCCUAUUUACAAUUGUUUCUAUAAAAAUUGAUAUGAAUUAUAUAUAUUUAAUUAUACAUCGUUAUAUUCAUAAUUUGUUUUAUGAUAUACUCAUUUACUGAUCACAUAGAUAAUAGACGGGUAUUAAUCACGAACAAAUUCGAAGCUUUAUGCAAAUUUUAUAAUAAGAUAGAUAAGAAGAAAAGAUGUAAUGUAUGAAAUUCAUUAUAUUAUAUAUGUGCAAGAGAUAAAAAGCCUGAUUAAUUUUAAUAUAGUAUAUUGUGGCUUUUAAAUAUCAAAUAUAUAUUAUUAAAAUUAAAUUAGGAAAAAAAUUAAAAAGCUUUAUACAUGCGAAAAAUGUCCAUCACAUUCUUAUUAUACAUAGAAUAAUAUUUAUAUAUAUUUAUGAGCAAUAGGUGUUGGACAAGAGCAUCACAGUUAAUAAAUUUUAACAUUAUGUAUUGGAAAUAUAUAUUUACAAAAACAAUAUUCAUUAUACAUGAUAUAUAUAAAUCAUGUCAAUCACAUACAUUGUUACAUACAUAUAAAAAUUUACUAAUAAAUAUUAUAAUAGAAGUUUAAAAAA